GUGGACGAAAUGCAACGGGGGUUGACAUAUCUGCGCCAGCAGCCCCGGGCAUUAGUGCUACGAGCCUCGGAUGUUAAGCUGGAAGUGACGUCAGAGAACGCAUAACGCAAACGGGCGAGUGUGUUCAAACAGAAAUAUUGAACUUGAACCUGCUCGUGAACUUAAAUUCGAUCGUCGUUGCAGUUUAAUUCGUGAAUAAUUACAAAUAGGGUAGGCAGACGGGUGAUCUGCAGUAAUGACGAUAUCGCCGUCUCUCCAUCAAACGCGAUCAAUACUUGGAGGUCGUGAAACGCGAUACGACGUAAUGAGACCUAAAUUUAAGACUUUCAUCAAGUUAGUCCGCAUUAAGAUACGCAGCAACGCCUUACACCUGCAAAAGAACAAUAAUCUGACUUGUGCAGGGGAAUAAUUAUCGAUCAAUGACACAUAGAUUUUUAAUGUGCUCCGCUGCGCUCAUUUCGACAAGUUCGGAAGGCCGUACGAAUGGAGCCAUGUAUCAUCCAAUCGAUCAGGAUGGUUGACAUUUGGGAGCAAAAAUUGUCGCAUUGGCGAUUUUUCAGUGAUUAUCGCACGCUUGCUAGUUCUCGAUGUGUCAGUUUUAACGUUUUGAACAAUAAUGGUGGAAAAAGAAGAAAGGGUGAAGGUGGAAGAGAAAGGGUAGAUGGAAGAGGGAGACGAAGUAUCGGCACGUGAAGAGGUCAAGGUGACAAAUAGGAGGGACGCAGGGGGGGGAGAUCAUAUUGCGAAGGUCCCCAGCAGCACCGACGCACCGCUGACCUUUAAAAGUUGCGUCCGCCUUGUCACAGUCUUGUUUUGGAGCUUGCAAAAAAAGUAGUUCGCGCGUAGAGCGAUUAGUUGUCAAGAGUGGAAGGAUGCAUCGCUGAGGAGCUCAAAAGAAGCUUAAAGGCAAUUCAACACACAUAGGUUGCACAAUAUGUGCAAACUAUGAGGAGAAAUGAGAAGGAAAGGACUAAUGUAUGCAUGGUGAGAGACGACAACCGUACAGUACCAGGCAAUACAAAGAGGAAAAUACAAGCAGACAAGUAGGAGUAAAAAAGAGAAUGGGAAAUCAGGAAAUUAGUAAAAGAAAAUUGAGCAAAAUAGCGGGAUUAAGAGGUCUUUUAAGAGGCGUAUGUGGAUGCUUCCAAGAUAACGAUAUUGAAGAUAGAAAGUUUCCUUUAAAUAAAGGUAGACAACUUUCAAUCACGAAUGAACUUAUAAAAGUAUCUCAAUAUAUGAUAGCAAAGAGCCAUGAUGUUACUCAAAAUGAAGAUGAGAUGACGGAGCCCGAAGAACUCGACGAACUCGAUGAAUCCGGUAACAGCCUAGAGAUUGUAGAUCUGGCAAUCCCAUCAACAUCAAAAGCAGAUUGUCCACCAUUACAAUCUAAGAUGUGGUAUAGAGAAAUUCAUGAUGUUGUCCAAAAUAAAAAUACGAUGACUGAGUUCGCUGAAGUUGAUAACAGUUUAGAAAUUAUAGAUUUGGCAGUACCAUCAACAUCGACAGCAGACUAUCCUCCAUUACCGUCUAAGAUGUGGUACAAGGAAACACGGAAUGAUAUUCAAGAUAAAAGUAAAUUAAAUGAGCUCAUUAUCGUCGACACCGGCCUAGAAAUUGUAGAUCUAGAGGUUCCAUCAACAUCAACAAACUGUCCAACGACACAAUUCAAGAUGUUGGACAGAGAGAUCCAAGAUGCUGAUAAAAAUAAAUACGAUGAGUAUGACGAGAUUCUAGAGAUUGUACGCACGACAAUUCCAUCCAUAUCAUUAACAAAGCUUCGAUCAUGGAAACCCAGCAUCUUACGACAAAAAUUAAUUUUUGAGAUAGAGAACAUAGGACGUAUUAUGAAAGUUGUACAAACUCAAGUCAACCGCUGGUUAGUCAUUAUAGAUGAAAAAAUAUUUCCAGAGAAAGAGUUUUUACAGGAAUAUUUGGCUGGAGCGGAUAAGUUACAUGAAUUGCAAUGUAAACAAAUAAAGCUUAAACGUGUACAGGAAGAGAUACAAAAAAGGAAGAUUUAAAAAGAUUAGCUAAA